GAACCCCUCUUUUUCUCUGCAGGGGCAUCUGGGGAGCAAUAUCUCUAAAAGACCGCUUCAAACCCGAGCAUGGCCAUUCUGGGAAAUAAAUUGGAGAAUUUUCGCAAGCCCCCUCAUACUCUACCGUUCACAAAUCAGUCCUUCCCAAAAUGCCCCUGCUCUCAACUGCUCCCCUCUUUUCUUUCUCUAUAAAAUCCCCCAAAAACCCAUCUCCCAAAUUCUCCCAAUCUCUCCUCUCCUUCCCUCUUUCGAUAAUUUGAUUGGAUUAUUUUUAAUUUUUUUGGGCAAUGCCUGGCCCUAACAUUGAGAUGAUAGCAAAAUCUCUAAGGAAUUGUUCUCUGAGUGGAAGAAGCAGGGGAGGCCGCUCACCGGCUGUGAGAUCACCGCCUCCUCAGCGUAGGAGCGGUGAGGUUACCGUGGAGCUCAACUCUGAGGUCGCGUUGCCUUAUCAUUGGGAGCAAUGCCUUGACAUGAGAACCGGAGAAAUAUACUAUAGGAAUUGGACCACUGGAAAAACAACCACCACCGAUCCUCGCCACGCCGCCCUGGACUACCGCUCCUCAUCCUCCGACGAUGACAGCUCUGACGAUGGUGACGAAAGCUCAAACGAAGGCGAAAGAGACAAUUACUUCAGUUCAGGAGACUCUUCCACUACCUCCUCCUCCUCCUCCUCGGCCUCCUCCGCUGCCUACGCUCCGCCCGAAGUCACUUCCGGCCAAGUCCUGGUGGCCGCCGGAUGCAAGUACUGCUUCAUGUACUUCAUGGUUCCGAAGCAGGACCCCGACUGCCCCAAAUGUGGCCGGGUCUUGCUCCACCUUGGCCGUAGCAAUGGCUAGCUGCUUGUGAGAGGAUUCGGGUCUCGGUUUUUUUGGGGUUUCGGGCAAAAACCCGGAUGUUUUUUCAUUGCUAGUGAUAGAGAUGAAUCUAUUAACAUUGAAUAAUUUAAAGUGCUUUGUUUUCUGA